AUGGCUGUCGCUCCAAAGUCUGCGCAACCAAAGGGCGGCCUUUUCAAAAUGGACCAUUCACUUGGUCAGAACAUUCUCAGAUCCAAAGUCGUUGUGAAAAACAUUGUAGAUGCAGGCGAACCAAGACCUGGAGAUAAAAUUUUGGAAAUCGGUCCAGGUAAUGGUAACAUGACAGAAGAAAUGCUUAGUCGUGAAGGCAUUGAAGUGAUUGCUAUCGAAAAAGACCAAAGAAUGUGUGUCGAACUUAAGAAAAAAUUCCCUCGUCAUCCAAAUCUUAGAAUUAUCAAUGCAGACGUCUUAUCAGUAGAUUUACCUGAGUUUGAUUUAUGUAUAUCUAACAUUCCAUACAAUAUAUCAUCAGCCAUUGUCUUUAAAUUACUUGCUCGACCAACAUUCCGCAGAACAGUUCUCAUGGUUCAAAAAGAAUUUGGCGAGAGAAUUGUUGCAAGGCCAGGCAAGGAUGGAUGGGGCCGUCUUGCAAUUAACACUCAAUUAUACGCUUCUGUUAAAUUAGUAAUGAAUGUUUCAAGAAAGAACUUCGUUCCACCACCAAAAGUCGAUUCAAUCGUCGUUUCCAUACAGCCACGUGAAGUUCAGCCAGAUAUAGAUUUUAAUGAAUGGGAUGGUCUUAUCAAACUCUGUUUUACACGUCCAAAUCGUACACUACAGGCCACAUUCCAUAAAAAGAAGAUACGCGCAUUGCUUAAUGAGAACCGUGAAAAGUAUUUAAGUUCAAUCAACCAACAGGCAACGAUGUCCAUAGAAGAGCUUAUUGAAUAUGUUCUUGGAACUACAGUACUUGCACAAUCUCGUCCAAUGGAGUUAGAUAUCGAAGAUUUCUUGAAUUUACUUAAGGAAUUUAACAACGGAGGUGUACACUUCCAAUAG